CACAAGUCAAACCAGCAAACCAACGACAGCCCCGGGCACCUGAGCUGUGUCGGUGCUUGCUCAAGUCUCACGUCAAUGCGAGGUCCCCGCCGCCGCGCGUGGAUUCUUGCUGCUUUUGGGCCUUGCGACCCUGGGCUGCAUGCUACUUCAUGAUUCACGAUUGCCACCUCAAAUACCAGGCACGUUUGAGCAAUUUAAGCCCUUUUGCCUCUUGCACGCCCAGCAUCUCACAGAGCCAGUCACGAGUGGUACACUCUCCUCCUCCAGCGCGUGCACUCGCCUUCCUAUAUAGAUCUUCCUUGCCACCUUCGAGAGACACCGGCAGUCACUGUCUUGAUAUCUCUACACCCACAUCACCUUCGCACAGCGACAAUGGCGCCCGCAAAGGUCAUCGAGCCCGUGGGCAAAGCGCACCCGCUCGAUCCCCCCAGCAAGUCAGAGAUCAUUCUCGCCACGGAGACUCUGCGUCCAUGGCUGCUCAAGAGCGGUGUCAAGGCCUUCAAAUUCGUCAACGUCUUCCUCGCCGAGCCUGCCAAAGCCGAUGUGAUCGCAGCAGGUUUCUUCCCUCGUGGUAGUGAUGCCUCAUCCAGCGAGACCAGUGGCACUGCGCACAUCGAACGGCUGAUCAAUGUCCACGUCAUCGAUCUCGUCAAGAGCGACGCUUUUGCUGCUGUUCUCAAACUGGACUCGAAUGCUGGCACGGCAGAGAUAAAGGGUGUGGACAAGCUCGAUGCGGGAAUUCAGCCUGCGCUCACCAUCGAAGAGCUAUGCAUGGCCGAAGAAUGCAUUCGCAAGGAUCCCCGCGUGAUCAAGCUGGCUGAGGAAGUCGGCGUCAAGGCUGACCAGCUGUAUGCCGACGGUUGGUCGAUUGGCUGGGACAAGCGCUUCCCCAACAAGCGUAUCCAGCAGUGCUUGACCUUUGCGCGUUUUGGCAAGGAUGAGAACCUUUACGGCCAUCCAAUGGACUUCUUUCCCAUCCUCGACAACAACACCGGGGAGGUACUUGCUAUCGACUUUCCCCAGCACCGCAAGGGCGGCAAGCUGCCCGGCGGCACCGAACCCCCAACCGAGGCGAGCUUCGGUCCGGCUCCACGUGAGCGUAUCCCACCGCCUCUCGAGCGUCACGAUUACCUUCCGGAGCUGGCAAAUGCCGGACCUCACAAUCCCGAGAAGCCACUCAGCAUGCGCCAGGAUCUCAAGCCCCUCAGUGUCGUGCAACCCGAAGGAGUCAGCUUCAAGCGCAACGGCAACGUCAUCGAGUGGCAGAAGUGGAAGAUGCACGUCGGCUUCCACCCCCGCGAGGGCCUCGUUCUCUCGACCAUUUCGUACGGAGAUACGGAGGCUCCCGGCGCGAGUGCCAGUAGUCCCAAGGAACGACCGCUGUUCUACAGACUGAGUCUGGCAGAGAUGGUUGUACCGUAUGCAGAGCCUGCGCACCCUCACUACCGCAAAUUUGCCUUCGACGUUGGAGAGUAUGGUCUGGGUUACCUCGCCAACUCUCUCUCGCUGGGCUGCGACUGCCUCGGUAGCAUCGAGUACAUGGACGGAGUGGUGGCAAAGCACGACGGCACUGUAGAGGUCAUCGAGAACGCCAUUUGCAUGCACGAGGAAGAUACUGGCUUGCUCUGGAAGCACACCGACUACAGAGUUGGUGGUCGCGCCCACAAUGUCCGUGGACGCAAGUUUGUCAUCUCGAUGGUGUGCACCGUAGCCAACUACGAGUACCAGAUCAAUUGGUCGUUCCACCUCGACGGCACCAUCGGUCUCGAAAUCAAGCUUAGCGGUAUUCUCAACCUCUACCAGCUUGAACAAGGCGAAAAGCCUGAGGGAUACGGUACCGAAGUCGCACCGCGCAUCAAUGCGCACUACCAUCAGCAUCUGUUCAGCCUGCGUGUCGACAGCCACAUUGAUGGUCCUCUCAACAGCAUCAUGGAGUCGCACAUUGAGGAGUCCCCCUUCCCUGCAGGUAGCCCGGAGAAUUUUGCUGGCAAUGCGUUCACUGCUCCUUACCGCAUCUUCGACACGGCCGGAGAGGCCGUCAGAGACGCCGACUUCAACACGGAGCGCUCUUGGACUUUUGUCAACGAAGCCGAAAAGCACUACUCGUCUGGCAAGCCCGUGGGAUACAAGGUGGUCUGCAAGGACAUGCCGAGGCUGUACGCCAAGCACGAUGGCUUCACCGGUGUGCGCGCGCCCUUCGCCAAGCACCAUUUGUGGACCGUGCCAUAUCAAGAUGCCCACAGGUAUCCUGCAGGUCUUUACGUCCCGCAGACAUUCGAAGCGCCGGUGGACAGCAUCGAGAAUUGGGUGGGAGAUGGGAAAGCGAGCAUCCGAAACAAGGACAUUGUCUCCUACGUGACUAUCGGCACGACGCACGUACCUCGACCGGAAGAUUUCCCCGUCAUGCCUGCGCAAUCUGUGCACGUCAAGCUGGAACCGAUCGGCUUCUUUGCCAGGAACCCCGCGUUGGAUGUCCCUGCUACCAACGAUGCCAAGUCCACACCUGCUAGCGCUGCGAACGGCACGACUAACGGCGCUCCUGCUUGCUGCCGUUCUUGAGCUCUGUCCAGAUCCUUCUCUAGUGCCUCGUGCAGCGCGGGAAUGUGUGCUUUUGAGGUUGCUCAGCUCCCAUAUCACGAAUUGUAACGCUUUUUGACUUGU